AUGAAAACGCUGUCUGAAUAUAUGUCAGAAAGUUGUUCAAAGACAGGUUUAAUUUCAAUACUGCAGCCUGAUGUUCGAGAAAUCCAUUUGGGCCCUGUCGGCUCUGUCACAGAAUUACCUAAAACAAUUGAUACCAUCUUUUCCCUGUUUACCAAUUCUAUAGAACAACAUAUACAACCUGUAGUGUUUAAAAUUAAUAACAGCAGACAUUUAUCUUGUAAUGAAGGCUCCAAGAAAAGAAUACUCCAGUUCCCCUAUUUCGGAACUAAAGGUAAGAGAAUAAAUACUACUCAAAUUCAAGCCAAGAAAGUUGCAUGUAUAUUAACCCUUUUGAAAACUCUUCGAACUAGAUUACAGACCGGAGACAUAAGUACCAUUCGAGAUAUAUUUUACUCAAACAUGGAAUUAUAUGGGAGACAACAAACAAUUGUAUAUUGGUUAUCAAUCCUGACAGAGGCUUUUAAUUUGAAGUCAAGAGAUAGUUUAAAUGUUAUUGCAGCUCAAAAAGGACUAAUUUUCUCUCCUGUUCAAAUAACUGUUACCACUACUGUUGAAAAGGGAGAUAAAGUCGUUUCGGAAUCACAGGUCAUUCAACCAUUCGAAACAGUUUUAAUUCCAUAUAUUAAUGACGCCACAGUGAUAAAUAUUCCAAGCCAACAAAAUAUAAUCAAAGUUUUGAUUUUAGAAAAAGAGGCUGUCUUCAAUAAAAUAGUUUCUAACUAUUCUACAUGCUGUACAAACUGUAAUGUCAAAGAUAUACUAAUUACUGGAAAAGGAUAUCCUGAUUUCUUAACAAGAAACUUCAUCAAUUUGUUUUAUAAAUGCUGUUCUAGCUUCAUUGGUCAAUGGCAUAUACUUACUGACGCCGAUCCUCAUGGAGUCAAUAUUGCAUAUAUGUAUGCCAAAACAAUUCCUCGAAUAGAUUACAUGGGGAUUCCAUUGUUGGAGUUAAUUCGUCCGAAUUCCAAGGACGCCUCAAAUUCAGCGCAACUACUGCCGUUAAAACAACGAGACAUAUCUUUGCUCCUUGCGAUGGUUCAAAGGGUCGUUACCACGGAAAACAUUUCGAAAGUAUUUAUAAGGGAGCUUCAAAGGCAAUUAUUCUUCCAUAAGAAAGGUGAGAUGAAUUCAAUCUUUUCCCAAUAG